CCAAAAAGUUGCAAUCAAAGAUCUCUUCAUCUUAUUGAUAAAGCCACUAAUGAGCCAAAAUGUCUGUCAACGUCAACCGCAGCGUGUCAGACCAGUUCUAUCGCUACAAGAUGCCCCGUCCGAUUGCCAAGGUUGAGGGCAAAGGAAAUGGAAUCAAGACAGUUAUAGUCAACAUGGUUGACAUAGCCAAAGCGCUUAAUUGGCCUCCAACGUAUCCCACAAAAUAUUCUGGUUGUGAACUGGGAGCACAGACCCAGUAUGACGUUAAGAAUGACCGUUACAUUGUCAGUGGAUCUCAUGAGGCGAAUAAGCUGCAAGGCAUGUUGGAUGGAUUCAUUAAAAAAUUUGUUCUCUGUCCUGAGUGUGAGAAUCCCGAAAUGGAUGUGCAUGUCAAUCCAAAGAAGCAAACAACAGGUAAUUCUUGUAAAGCCUGUGGCUAUCGAGGCACGCUUGACACACAUCAUAAACUCUGCAUGUUCAUUCUCAAAAUCCCACCUGAGAAUAGUGACAAUGGUUCAGGAAAGAAAGAAAAGGAAAAGAAAACUAGAAAGGGCAAAGACAAGGAAAAUGGCUCCGUGUCCAGCAGUGAGACACCACCACCACCACCACCCAAUGAAAUCAGUCCUUCUCCACAUGCUGUGGAAGAAGAGGAAGAUGAUGACUGGGGGGAGGAUACAACAGAGGAAGCUCAAAGGUGAAGAAUGGAUGAAAUCAGUGACCACGCAAAAGUUUUAACCCUCAGUGAUGAUUUGGAAAGGACUGUUGAAGAGCGUGUCAAUAUCUUGUUUGAUUUUGUUAAGAAAAAAAAAGAAGAAGGUAGUAUUGACUCAUCUGACAAAGAAAUUGUAGCUGAAGCAGAAAGACUGGAUGUAAAAGCCAUGGGCCCUCUUAUUUUGACUGAAGUUCUUUUUAAUAAGAACAUUAGAGAACAAAUUAAGAAAUACAGGCACCAAUUCUUACGAUUUUGUCACAACAAAAAAGCUCAACGGUACCUUCUUCAUUGUUUGGAGUGUGUGGUAGCAAUGCACCAAGCUCAGCUCAUCUCCAAGAUUCCACAAAUCUUGAAGGAGAUGUAUUAUGCAGACCUUUUGGAGGAAGAAGCCAUCCUUAGCUGGUCAGAAAAGGCCUCUAAGAAAUAUGUUUCAAAAGAACUUGCCAAAGAGAUUCGUGUCAAAGUGGAACCUUUUAUAAAAUGGUUGAAGGAAGCAGAGGAAGAAUCUUGUGCUGGUGAAGAAGAUGAUAAAGAUGAGAAUAUUGAGGUGGUGUGUUCAAAAACUGCCAGUGUACUGAAAGUUGAAGCUGUAAAGUCUGACAACAAGGACGAUGACAUUGAUAUUGAUGCCAUGUAA